CGUCUUCAGUUUCAGUUCGCCGUAGUGUGUGUAAGAGUACAGUUAUUUCGAUUUGAUACCUAAAUAACUCGUCGAUCGUCGAACUCUCAAAGCAACCACUUAUCGGAAUGAGUGUCGUCAAAUUUCAGUGAGUUUCUGAAUGUUUUCGGCAGUUUUUUUCUCGAGUGCAUCGAUUUCGAGGAUUACCGGCAACACUCACUAGCAGGACCUAACUUUGCCCAGUUAUUGAAUACAUGUACCGGUUUAUCAGAAGUUUGUGUGCUCAAGAACGACAACAGGUGGAACUGGCGAUGUCCCUAGCAGGCGUGUUAUGAUAACGGCUAAUCUUAUCUGAAAACGUUGUUAUCUUUCCACCGGGAUGCUGAUUCGAAAAUGCUGAUAUCAGUUUUUCGGUAACGUCGUUGACGAACCUGUAACAUGGUGUUCUGGCGCAAAAAAUCUCUGGUGCUCAAGUUAGUGGUUAUAGUGUGUACAGCAUGGUUUACGGUGGCCAUGCUAAUGAUGCGGGAUUCGGGACCCGCCGAUCGAGGUCCCUUAGCCGAAUCUCUACAUCAAAAUCAGAUCGGUGAUUUUCGCGAUUCGGUAGUGCGGCACAACGCGAAUAAGGAGGACGUGGCCGAUCGAGAGGCUGGUCCACUUAUACCGUUCCAAAAGGAGGAAAACUCCAUCGAAAGACGGGAAAACGAUGACUCGGUGCUGGCUCCUCCGCAAGAACUGCCCGGCGAAAUGGGAAAAGCGGUUGUGUUGCCAACAAACUUAACAGGAGAGGUGAAGAAGAUGGUGGACGAUGGCUGGCUGAAGAACGCUUUCAACCAAUAUGCCAGCGAUAUGAUCAGUGUCCAUCGAAGCCUGCCUGAUGCUCGGGAUGAAUGGUGCAAGGAACCAGGCCGCUAUCAGAAAAACUUGCCUAAAUCAUCGGUCGUAAUUUGUUUCCACAACGAAGCCUGGUCAGUUCUGUUAAGAACAGUGCAUUCAGUGAUCGAUCGAUCGCCCCCCGAACUGCUGCACGAAGUCGUUUUGGUGGACGAUUUUUCCGACAUGGACCAUCUGAAGAAGCAGCUGGAAGACUAUUGGUCGAAUGAGCCGAAAGUGAAGAUUAUUCGAGCUCCCAAAAGGAUCGGGCUGAUCAGAGCUAGACUACUAGGUUACGAGCAUGCWUCAGGCGAGGUUCUCACCUACCUGGACUCGCAUUGCGAGUGUACCACUGGCUGGUUGGAACCGCUUCUAGAUCGAAUCGCCCGCAACUCAACCACCGUGGUUUGUCCGGUGAUUGAUGUGAUCGACGACACCAGCCUGGCCUACAUCUACCAUGAUAGUGCCGGGGUGAAUGUGGGCGGGUUCGAUUGGAACCUGCAGUUCAACUGGCACGCUGUGCCCCAGCAUGAGAAGAAACGGCACUCGAACACUGCGGAACCGGUGUGGAGCCCCACAAUGGCCGGCGGUCUUUUCAGCAUAAAUAGGGAAUUUUUCGAAAAACUUGGCACGUACGAUGACGGUUUCGACAUUUGGGGCGGUGAAAAUCUGGAACUUUCGUUCAAAACAUGGAUGUGCGGUGGCACUUUGGAGAUUGUGCCUUGUUCUCAUGUGGGCCACAUCUUCAGGAAACGAUCGCCAUACAAGUGGAGGAAAGGCGUGAACGUACUGCGAAGAAACUCGGUUCGAUUGGCUGAAGUGUGGCUGGACGAUUAUGCUAAAUAUUAUUACCAAAGAAUCGGUAACGAUAAAGGCGAUUUUGGGGACAUUAGUGGAAGAGUGUCGCUACGAGAGAACUUGGGCUGCAAAAACUUUCAGUGGUAUCUGGAUAACAUAUACCCGGAACUGUUCAUACCGGGAGACGCUGUGGCCAAUGGCGAGAUCCGCAAUCUAGGCUAUGGAGGCAAGACAUGUUUGGACUCGCCGGCCCGCAAGAGCGACAUGCACAAACCACUCGGCCUCUAUCCAUGCCACAGACAAGGCGGCAAUCAGUUCUGGCUGUAUAGUAAGACCGGGGAAAUUCGACGAGACGAAGGCUGUCUGGACUACAGCGGAGCCGAAGUGAUCCUGUACCCUUGCCAUGGAAGCAAAGGGAAUCAGUACUGGGAGUAUGAUCCUGAAGCAAAGACUCUGAGGCAUGGGAGCAGCGACAAGUGUUUGACGAUAAACGCGUCGAAGACCAAAAUCGUAAUGGAACAUUGUAAUUCGAAUUUGGCUCAUCAGAGAUGGGAAAUGGAGAAUUACGAUAGAUCGAAAAUGGCCUAGUUUUUUCACUAAGCCAAGCAAUGGACUUGUUUUCCAAUUUAGAUAGUUGAUUAUUUUUUAAGUGGUUUGUUUUGGUGCGCAACACAGACAGUAUUUUUCAUAUCUAGCCUGCAAUACGACCCUUAUUUAUGUGGAAGUGUUCAAAGAAUAAUAGCUGGUAAUUAACUGAGACUUUCACAAGACAGUUCAAUUGAAAACGAACUAUGCUCAUGCAUUUCAAGUCUGGUCAGUGCUUAACUUUAAGACUUUUCUAACAUUAACAGUGUAAACGAAAACAUAUUCAGAACAUAUCUACACUCGAAAUGUUUCAAGUAAACAUUAAAUAUGCUCAAGAUGUUACAUUCCAAUUUACAUAUGACUGCGUUAUGUUGUAUAUAAUAGAUACAUACAUAUAAAUAUCUGUACUUAACUAGUAUUUACGUGAUUAGACAUGUUUACUGCACCUAUUUGAAAAAGUUGUGUGUUCUCAUCAGAGCUUGCCUAAUUAAUAAUGUUAAUUUUCCACAUCCGAUGACCUGCUUGGAAUUCAUGUGGGUUAACGUGAGAGACGAAAAAUUAUAUCAAUACCAACAAUUAAGAGCAGGUCAGUCAUAUCAUAAUCACUAAUUAUGGCCUCAAGAACGAGUGAUCGUAAAAACAUAAAAUUCGUUUUGUACAUAAGUUAUAAUUAAAAUUGUACAUAUCGCCAGAUCCUAACUAUUGAGGAACUAUAUCUACAUUUAUUUUCAAUAAUCGGCUUGUUCAGCAUGUUUCGAAUAAAGGUGCUUUUCUGAAUUCGUUUAUAACAUUGUAUGGUUGUCCGAAAAUACUUCCUAUAAACUCUUAGUUGCUCUUAGUGCAAAUCAGAGGUUUUUCCAAGUGACUAAGAAAACAUCUCAAUUGUACUAAAGCAGCUUGAUAGCUGUGUUAAUCUAGUAUAAUUAACUUAGUCACUUUAUAAUGUGAUAUACUUUAAUUUUGUUUAGUGUGAACUCAAUGGAAUGUUUAUGCGGCUCAAUCAUUUUUGUAUUUUAUACUUAAUGACUGGAAACAUUGGAUUAAAUGUACAGCUGCAAGUCGCAAAGUUUCUUGUGGAUUAUAAACGCAAUUUUACAAUAGUUUUCAAACAGACGAUGGUAAAAAGUUAAGUUUUCAAUUCUAGAAUCAAAUAUUUUAAUAACAUAUGCAACAUUGUAUUUUUUUCUAACGUGCCAAUAAUCCGUGAGCUUGCAGGACUAUUAUUUGGAGUAUUUAGUUGCAUAGAAUUAGUCAUAGAAUACACGCCAUCAUUCCACGGUCACAUGAAAAAGGCCGUCUUAUUUGAACUGUUUGCAUAUUUUGUAAAAAAUUAGUAUAAAUAGUGAUAUUUUAUGUCGUGGUUUUAGGCCAGUGUAUUGUAUUUUUAUAAUGUGCCUUAAUUUUUCUGUAUAUAAAUGACAAGGUGUUAAUUACAGUUAAGUUGGUAAAAA